GUGGGGGUGUGGUGGCUGCUGGAGCCUGGAACAUGACCCCGGGAGUGCUGAGAGUAACGUGAUUUGAGAUCACCGGGGCAGUACUGUCUUUGUGUGAUGCUGGUGAAAAAGCUGGAGAAGAUUAUUGGGGUCGAGUAACUUAGCUACUGAUGGGAUUUGUAUGAUGCUGAUGAUGGUAGUCAGGCUCCGGCGGCUUGGCAUAGCAAAGCCUUAAGGGCGUGGUGGGAGUAGGCUAACUGGAUUUCAGAGAUGGUUGUCAGAGCGGGAAAAAUGGGACUGGCAGGGAGGAAUUAGGGCAGCUCUGAGGGAGGAGUUAGUAAGGCGAGAAAAGAGAAAAAGGAAAGGGAAAGGGAUAUGGAAAUAUCAAAAUUGUGGCUGUGAUGGCCGGCAUGUUUGGGGUUGGCAGAGGAUGUUAAUGAGUGGCUGGCCAUUAACUGCAAUAUACUUGACCCGGGGAUUACAUGGCAGUUCAAGAGUCGUAGAGUCUAGGCAGAUGCUAGUGUAGGGCCGAGGAUCGGCAUGAGUUUAUAUGUAAGGGGCACAAUUGGUGAUCAGAGGCGUGUCAUCCUCGGUUGGGUACUACUUCUAGUCCCAAGUUUGCAGUGGCGAGAGUAGAGAGCUGCGAUUGCGCAGCCCCUUUGAGUGCCGUUCUUCAUCAGAUCCACCUCUCUGAAGAAAGCCUGCCUGCUGGUCUAGAUGCAUCUGCAUGAGUGACUAUCUCGUUAGUGUCUGCGUGCUGCAAAUCUUACGACAUCCAGUUCUGUCGAGGAUUUUAAUCGUAUCACUCCUCCCGUGCAUUAGAAGACCCAACGAUUGCCUCUUCGAUCGGCUGCUCCAUCAUUGUCUCUCAAACUCAGUUUGGAAAUCACUCGCACUUAUAGUAAGGUUCUCUAACGAGAUAGUUUGUCUUGAACGUGGUCAAUUGAUGUGAAGAGAGCAUACAGCAUGGAAUGCAUUCCACGCUGUGCAAACGGGUGCUGCUCCCAACUUUUAUGUGCCUCGCUUGUUGCAUGUCGUCAUGAUGUCUCAGCACUUCCCCUGAAGUGGGUCGGCUGUUUAAGUAGACGAUGUCUUCUCAUGGAAGCUACUCGAGCAGCAACAUUAAGGAUGAUUACGGGCAAGGCGGGCAUCGGCCGCAGUAUUCCGGAGCAUUCAAUGAAUCACAACCGGCCCAAGACGGAAUGACCACCCAACCCUCCGUAGGCCGGUUCACGGAGAAAGAAAGAGCCAAUUCCAUGUUCGUCCGCAAACCAGCCACCCCUGCAUUGGCGCCCGCCAGCCAGAGCGGUAUGAGCGGAUCAGGGUCCAAUAACUCCAGUGGCAUUGUAAAUCUAAGAGGAGCUCCACUUCCUGAAGGAAAGAUGAAGAAGAAUACUACAAAGGGGAAGAAUUGAUAAGGAUAUGUCCUAGUGCUCAAUCCAUUGGUUCUGAUCAGCAUCACGUGGUUGACUUCCAGCAUAUCUCUUGCCUGGUGGCUGGGGCUUUGGGUUUCGUUCCAGCAAGAGGGAGGAACAUGAUUCAUUGCGUGGCAUGAUAUGUCGAAGUUCCGAAGAGAUUAAUUAAGUUGAAUAAUUUACACGAUGCAUUAAAUUAGUUAUGGGGAGUUUUUUGUACACAAAUACCAGCGUACGAGCAAACGAGUAUUAGUAAAAGCUGGCUUAAUGUCUUCCGUUUCUCUGUGCAGUUGUGAACAUGAGCUUAGUUUGUGAUGGUAUGCUUAGUUUGUGAUGGUGCCAACCAAGACUGGAACUCUCCUCUUUUCAUCUAUUUAAGUGUAAAAUUUAAGGAAAUACAACUACAUCAAUAUUGAUCUAUAUUUGAAA